GCAUUUAAAGCAGAUUUACCUGACAAAUUAGGGAAAGUCUGUGUAGUAGGUCAGACAUGAUGGACAAGACAACAGGUGACAAGCGUCGUUGGCCUGAAAAGGAUGCUAAGCAUCCUCCGAGUACCGCUACCACGGAAUACUGCGCCAAGUUGCAACAGUGGAUGUGGCAGUAUUACUGGGGAUAUGCCGGUUGGCAGAGCUGGGUGACUCUGUCAGCUUUCCCCUUUCCUCCUCCGUGUAGUUUCCCUCCGCCGGGGACAAGCGCUCAGACACCAGGUUCACCUGCCUCGACUUCCGGGGCUGGGCAGCAAGCUUUCGACUCACGUAACUGGUACAGCCACCCGUAUCCUUUUAGUUUCCCUGCAUCCUUCCCUCAUCCUGGUGCCCCCCAGACGGAGCAGAGCACAGCCGCGACUCCAGCUACUGAUGCCCGGACAACCCAGCAGCAGAAUGGGAAUCCACCUCAGCCAGGACGGGAAUACACCAUCCCCUCUCCUCUUCAGCGGUUCCUGGCUGAGACAGUGGACUUCUUCAUCUUGUUUUGUGUGAAGGCCACCAUUGUGCUGUGGAUCAUGCAUCUGAGUGGGAUGAAGGACAUUGCCAAAUUCAUAACCCACUUCAUUGUGGAGGAGAUAGAUGAGAACACGUCCAUGGAGGACCUGCAGAAGAUGAUGGCUGUGGCUCUGGUCUACAGGGUGCUAGUGUGUGUGUAUGAGAUCAUCUGUAUCUGGGGCGCUGGUGGCGCCACACCAGGGAAGUUUCUGCUUGGCCUGCGGGUGGUGACCUGUGACACAUCCACUUUGGUCCGACCUAACCGUGUCCUUGUGGUCCCAGCAUCGAACGUCACCCUGUCUGCCUCUACUGUGCGGGCACUGAAUAAGAACUUCUCCAUCGCCUUCCUUUUUCCUGUCUUCAUCACUCUGCUCUUCUUCCAGCACAACAGGACUGUGUAUGACAUUGUGGCAGGGACAAUUGUUGUCCAGCGCAGAGGGGGCAGAUAGCCUUUUCUCCAGCAGCAGACUCUUAUAUGCAGUGGGAAUGAUGAUGCAUGGCAGGCCUAUGGGUACUGAGUGUCCAACAAUUUGAACUUAAAUCGGUCACAAAUGAACAGGCUUUGAAAACAGCAACGCACUGGCCCAUUUCUUCACAAAAUCAAACUCUAGUUUGAAUUGCACUUUAAAAUGGGAUGCAUACAGCACAGGUUUAAACAAAGUACGGUGGAAUUAAAAGAAUCAAACCUUACAUUUUUGAGUGUAAGGUAUUUGUUUUAAACCACUGAACCAACAAAAAUUCCUCUUAAGUAUUGUGAGUUUUGAUAAUUGCAAAGUGUGUUAAGCUGAAAAAGGUGCUGACUGAUGUUAUCGGGAGACUAAGGAAGAACUUCUCCACAUAUGAUGUGAAUCUUAAUAUGUAAGUUACAUUUUAAAAAUAUAUAAUUUUGCCUACUCAUAGUCUCUUUUGGUACCACUUUUUGGUACCAGAAAAAAACUUUGGUCCACAUAGCAAUACACUUUGACAGAGACUGGUUCAUUUUUCUACAGAAACUAAAGCCAUCAGAAUCUACACGUGAGCUGGGUAAGCAGGGUUUUAAAUGAUUAGGACUUGUACUUCACAGCAUUUUCUUAUAGGAAUUGUUCUUUUGGUGAAUCAAGUUUUUGGUUUGCUAAUACUUUUUGUGUUACAUUGUGAUUUUUCUUAAGCACUCAGACUAAAGAAAAUGAAUGCCAGGCUUAUUCGUUUCUAUUCUUUGUGCCUAUGGAUAUUUUGAUGAAGAAGUAUUGUUUGAAUAUCUUUCUGCCAUGGUGAAAAGUAACAAUAUGAGGCACGAACACUGGAAACUGUGUUUAUGAAUUCUCCAUUGAUAUUUUUUUGUCAUCAGACUUGUCAUUUUUGUGACUCAGGGCAGCUGAUUAGCAUAACAAAACUGUCUCAGAUGUAUCAUUUAAUGCCACUGCUCUUGUCAGAUUUUCACUGAUUAACAAUGAAAAGCUCUUGUCUUCUUGUAUUAAAUAUUAGU